AAAAGAUUUUUCCCGCGGAUGGAUUUCUAAAAGCAUCAACUAAGUAAUUCGGUUUGAAAUCAUGGUGAUAACAUCUCCGGGAAAUGAGCAGAUAAAAUUGGCUAAAUUAUGGAAUGUUAUCGACAAUUACAAGUACUCGUUUUGGUCGUGCUGGUAACCAAAGCAGCAGGAAUAAUAUGCUAUGAUGCCAAAGAAGCUUCUAUUUCUGAAAAAAUAUUAUGCAACGAUACUACACAUUUGGUAGACUGCGAAGAUGGUUAUUGCUUGAAUGCAACUGCCAAAAAAGGUUCUCGUGUCUUAUUUACAUGUUUGGAAAAAGAAAUUGAAAGAAGAAGUAAUUACUGCUUCUUAGAUGGCUACAGGUGUUGUAACCAAACUGACCUGUGCAAUGCAUAUGUGUGUAGUUACAGAAAUACAGCACAACUCUCAGAAAGAGCUCCAUCUAUCUCAGAACCUGACAGGUUAAGAUUAAUAUUGGGCCUAGUGUUUGGGACAUUGUGCUUGGUAAUUCUCGCAAUAUCCAUCGCAGUUUGCUUACGUAUGAGACAUUGUCACGAGCAGAGAAAUCAUGAAAAUUAUCCCCACAAUGGAUUUGUUUAUCAUACUUAUCAGCCAGAUGAGACCAUUGGUAAGACAGAAACAUCCCUGAAGGAGAUGAUAGUGUCGGGGAUGUAUUCGGGAUCUUCUGGGUCAGGUCUACCUUUGCUUGUACAGAGAACGAUAGCACGGCAGAUACAGCUUUAUGAGACAAUUGGCUUAGGUCGCUAUGGAAAAGUUCUACGGGGAAGGUGGCGGGGAGAAAAUGUUGCAGUAAAAAUAGUCCAAGC